AUGGAUAUCAAGGUCAAAAGCCUCCCGAACCAAGAUUUGGUCAGAGGAUUUCCUGGUAUUCCAGCGACUUGGCCCCGUUUGGAGGGCACUGUUGAAAUUCGGUCACCUUCAUUAACAGUUCUUCAAAUAUCCCAAGUGUAUGUCGCACUCUACCGCACAGACACUAUCAACGUGCCCUCUGCACGGCCAGCUGGUAUGGCCGGUGUUAUUAAGCGCGACAAGUCGUACCUUAUUGGGGAAAAAAUUAAGCUUUUCCAGGCGUCAACUUUCCCAGCCUCUGGUGGCGAACUGGUGACCAACGGGACGACUGGAUCGUCUCAGUUGUCGUCAUCUUCAUCUGCUUCAUCAAAUUCAACAGCAAAUAAACGAUACGAUGAAGUACUAGGCCUUGAUCUUAACUUUUUGCUUCCACUUCCAAUAACUAAACAACUCCCAGCAUCCAUCUCGCUUCAGAAACGUGCAGUAGAAACGUCAUACCAACUUUUUGUUACUGUCAUUUAUGGGAAGCAACUGCUUACGCUCCACCAGCCUUUCCCAGUUCGAAUCAAGCGUUAUGAUAAGCUUUCUACUUAUGGACAGUUUCAUGUUCCACUUAAAGGUAAUAUCGUUUCGCCAGACCACCUAGUUGAGUUUGAGUACUCUAUCCCACAGUCAUCUUUUGGUCCGCGCGAUUCCAUCGUUUCAUAUGUAAAGAUAUUACCCAACCCAGAUCUUGGUGCAAAGUCCCGCAAAAUCAAGCUCCAGAGGCUCUCAGUUCAAGUCGUCGAAGUCAUUACUUUCAAUACAUCAGAAGUUAGCAGCGCUAGUUUUAUGUCAUCUUCAUCAUCAACCUCUAUUUCUUCAGGUGCCGGUGGCCUUUCAUCAAACGCACUUUCUCAUACGAUUUCUACAACAUCAUCAGCUUCUCUUUCCACAAUUAAUAGCCAUUCUUCUUUUUCUCAAGAUUCCUCUUCUGGUGAUGGCCCCAUUGAACGCCGCCGUAAACUUUGCAAGGCUACUAAUCAGCUUGAUAUUAAGCUACCUGAAUCUGGCUAUCGUUGCGAAAUUACCAUGGACUUCCCCACAACCGAUCUUCGCGAACCACGCGAAGUUUCUGGUGCUCUUGUCCCACAAACGCGCACGGACAUUCCUCUUAUUGCAAAUAAUUCUGGAUUCACAACAGCAGCACCAUUAUACAGGGUAGACUAUCUUCUUGUCUUUAAGGCAAAGUUUUCUCACUCCAAGGACAUUUUAAUUGAACAGCCCAUCACAGUCACUCCAUUUGAUCAUGUAAUGUGUGCUUCCCUCAUGAAGGCCAUUAAAAUCGCUGUCGAAGAGGCUAACGAGGCCUACCAGGAUAGAGAAGAGUAUGUCUUGAACUCUUCAGCCCCAGGGUCUCGCAAACAGGGACCUAACGGUGCACAGUCUUCUUCAUAUAUUGUUCUUGACAAGAAAACAGGUGAGACGAAAAAGGUCUUUGUUCCAACUGUCUAUAGACCAAACGAUACAAAUAGUUAUACAGCAUAUGGAGUUCAGCCUACCGGAGUUGGUCUUCUGGGAGGUGCUGCCAAACCUAUUCUUAUAAUUCGUUAG